AUGGUGUCUCUCAACCAGCUGGAUGCUCGCCACAUCCAAAACAUGAGCGAAGCCAAAACCCUGGAACCUCACUGGGGAUAUGCUGAUCGCGCUCUCCCUUGCACAAACGAUAAGGGAUCUUGCGAGUAUCUCGAUCUGGUCUAUUAUGCCCACGAUCUAGGCAUGCUCUACUCCGGAAUCCUUUGGGCUACUAUUCUCGCAGUCUUCUUCCUUUGGGCUAUUCUGCGACAUGUCGGCAAACCCUCAUCUCCGGCUAUCACUCUUGGAGCAAACCCAAAAGCCGGUCUCGCCAAGGUCCGCAGCAGUCUCAGCUCGUUUACACGGCAAUAUCUCCUCCCAGAUGCCUGCCGCGGGAUCUUCGGCCGUACCACUCGUUUUCAAGUUGCUGUUAUGCUGUCCCUCGUGGGAUAUCUCACUGUAUGGAGCUUUAUCGGUAUGACAUAUCAGAAAUGGGUCACUCCCGUCAAAGACAUGCCCGGAGUCUACAACACUCGCACUACUCUCGGUCCUUGGUCUGACCGAGUCGGUAUUCUCGCGUAUGCCCUGACUCCUCUGUCUGUCCUCUUGGCUAGCAGAGAAUCUGUCCUUUCUCUCAUCACAGGAGUACCCUACCAGAGCUUCAUCUUCCUCCACCGCUGGCUGGGCUAUAUCAUCUUCCUUCAGGGUUCCCUUCACACCAUUGCCUGGUCUAUUGUUGAGGUCCGCCUAUACCAGCCUCAACCUAAGGUGGCUGCCGAGUGGAUUGUCCAGGAAUACAUGAUCUGGGGUGUCGUUGCCAUGAUUCUGCUUCUCCUUAUGUUCAUCGGAAGUACUCCUUGGGGAAUUCGCGCAACAGGAUACGAGUUCUUCCGCAAGUCUCACUACGUCCUCGCCAUGGUUUAUAUUGGUGCCUGCUGGGGUCAUUGGAAGCAGCUCAAGUGCUUUCUGCUUCCAUCACUCCUGUUCUGGUUCGCUGACCGUGGAUUCCGACUGCUUCGUACCGCUUAUCUGCAUUAUCACCAUCUCCCCUCGGGUAAGAUGGGGUUUCAAGCCACUCAAGCUGUAAUCACUAGGUUCCCUGACGCUGAACAUGGAGACAUUCUUCGAUUCGACCUUGAAAACGACCAGGACCCCUGGAAGAUCGGACAGCACUAUUUCCUGUGUUUCACUGAGAGCAGUAUCUGGCAAUCACACCCCUUCACCCCGCUAAAUGCUCCUGUCGUUGAGAAGGGUGUCGUGAAGCACUCGUACAUCAUGCGCGCUAAGGGCGGCGAAACUAAGAAAAUGGCUGAGCUGGCUGCCAAGAAGCUCACGACCUCUGAGAAAGCUACUACUUCUGUCAUUCUCACUGGCGCCUAUGGUGAGACCACAAUGGACCAUGUUGCACCUGACACCAAUAUUGUCUGUGUUGCUGGUGGCACUGGCAUCGCUUAUGUACUCCCUGUCCUCCUUAACCUCGCACGAUCACCCAUUUCCCGAGACCGCAAGGUUGAGCUCAUCUGGGCCAUCCGCCAUGCCGCUGAUACUGAAUGGGUUCAGGAGGAGAUGGACCUCCUGCAGCAGGCCCGAAAGGCUCUCAAUCUCAAGAUCCGCGUAUACGCUACACGAGACUCCAGCAGCAGUUCCAAGCUGCAGGUCAGUGACGAGAAGGAUGUCACAGAUGCUACCAGACAACUCGGUUCAUCAUCAUCGUCAGACGUGAUAGAAGAAGGCUGUGCGUGCGGAAACGAUGUCCCUGUUGCUAAAAUCGGAAACGGUAUUGUCGAUGAGGACCGACACCCUAACCUACCCAAGCUCAUCAGCGACUUUGUGAGUAACACGAUUACUGGUCCCACGACAGUCUUUGCCAGUGGCCCCGGUGGAAUGAUCAGUGAUCUUCGCACGAUUGUGGCUGGGUGCAACUCGGGCAAUAAGGUCUGGAGUGGCAAUGAGCGAUUUGAUGUUAAGCUGGUUUGCGACGAUCGUUUGGAAUGGUAG